ACACAACGAAACGCGUCCUUUGCUUUCCGUUUGUGAAUAGAAGCGGCCCCGGCAUCCACUCGAGCUGAAUUAAGCAUUGAAAAGUAGAAUUUCUUUUUUGUACCCAAAGCUUAAGAAAUGAUAGAUUUUUCUUGUUGAAAUUGCGGGGAUAUCUGAACUCUGCUAAGAGAAGAGAAAAGAUGGGUAGAAUAGCAGUAGCGGCAAUAGUCAGCGUUUGGGUAAUUCCCAUAUCCAUCCUGGUGAAUCGCAUUGUUCCUGAUCCUUACAUGGAUGAGAUUUUCCACAUACCUCAGGCUCAACAAUACUGCAAUGGCAAUUUCAGGAGCUGGGAUCCCAUGAUCACUACCCCACCUGGCCUGUACUAUCUUUCACUUGUUCAUGUUGCUGCUUUGUUUCCGGGCAAUUAUUUUCUACAGUUGGCUUCAUCAUUCCCGGAAGUUUGCUCCACCGCUGCUCUUCGCUCUCUAAAUGGAGUCUUGGCAGUACUAUGCAGCAUUCUAGUAUAUGAGAUAAUAACCCACUUGAGGCCAGCUCUUGAUGAUAGAAAAGCAACGCUUUUUGCAGCAGUUUUAGCCCUGUAUCCACUCCACUGGUUCUUCACUUUUUUUUACUACACUGAUGUUGCAUCACUUACUGCUGUGCUCGCCAUGUAUCUUGCAUGUCUGAAGAAGAAAUAUCUAUUCAGUGCAUUGCUUGGGGCCAUGGCAGUUGUUAUUCGACAGACAAAUAUUAUAUGGAUGCUUUUUGUUACCUGCUCUGGGGUCAUUGAUAUUACACUGGCGCAUCAAAGAGAUAGUGCAAAAGUAUAUAAUUUAAAAGCAAAUAAGGGUAUUAGUCCGUCAACCCUCAUUACCAGUGUCAAUGUGAGUUCAAACUUGAGGAAAAGGAAGUCCAGGGGAAAUUCAGAGGCUAAUAAGCAUUCCUUUUACAGGACAAACACCUCUUCAACAUCCCAAACAUCGGGUCUGCUUUAUGAGAUUCAGGCUAUUGUUUUCACUGCAUGGCGCAUAAAGUGGGAGCUUUUGGUGUCCUUUAGCCCAUUCUUUUUUGUAUUGCUGGCAUUUGUUGGUUUUCUCAUUUGUAAUGGGAGUGUUGUUUUAGGUGCAAAAGAAGCUCACACAGUUUCUCCACAUUUUGCACAAAUAAUGUAUUUUAGCAUUGUUUCUGCUCUUUUUGCGGCUCCUCUGCAUUUCACAAUAGGUCAAGCUCUAGAUCUGUUUUGGUCAUUCUGGAAGAACAGGCUGCUUGGUUUUUUCCUAGGAUUCUUGGCUUUGAUGGCUAGCCUCCUUUCUGUACAUUUUUUCAGCAUUGCUCACCCUUAUCUACUUGCUGACAAUCGGCAUUAUACCUUCUAUCUUUGGAGGAAGAUAAUCAAUUUUCAUUGGUCAAUGAAGUAUCUUCUGGUGCCAGUUUAUGUUUAUUCAUGGUUCUCAAUAUUCCAUCUAUUGGAUAAAACUCAAAGGAGAAUCUGGGUAUUGGUGUAUUUCUUGGCUACUUCUGCUGUUCUUGUUCCUGCUCCACUAAUUGAGUUCAGAUACUAUACGAUACCAUUCUAUUUUUAUAUGCUUCAUACUGGUAUUAAUGACUGCCAAAGCUUGCUUCUGAUGGGGAUUCUAUAUACAGUGCUUAAUGUCUUCACAAUGAGAAUGUUCUUGUUUCGGCCAUUCCAUUGGGACCAUGAGCCUGGGGUCCAGAGGUUCAUAUGGUAGAUAGCAAAUACUAAAAGCCUAAUGAGAAAAGUGCUGGCAGUUGGUUAUCAUCACGUAACUCACUGGUUUUGCUAAUCUUAUAUCAGCACCUCACCCUGUCAAUUUCCACCCUUGGGAUUCUUUACUGGUUCAUGGAAAACUAACCCUUCUUUUAUGUUGUAAUUCCAUUCAUGUCAAGCAAAUGAAAUUUGUUCUUGUUUGAUAUGCAGUUUGUAACCAAAUGAUGUUGGUGGUGAGCAUACUUUAAGAUUCUUGCUGUUACUCAUUUGGCGUAUUUGUACCCCUUUCCAUUUUUUCUUUU